ACGUGCGCGCUAACUUGAUUACGUCACUUUUUGCUGACGCCAUUGCCAUUUGUUUUCAGUCUCUUUCACGAAGGCGUUUCUUUGCAUUUAAUUUUGUAAAUAGUCGUAACUUAAGCUCAAUCGUCAUGGGCGUCCAAGUCGAUACAAUCUCACCCGGCGAUGGUCAAACCUUUCCAAAGACCGGUCAAACUGUUGUCGUUCAUUAUACGGGUACUCUAGAAAAUGGCCAAAAAUUCGACUCGUCAAGGGACAGAGGCGUGCCCUUCAAAUUUAGAAUUGGAAAGGGCGAAGUCAUCAAGGGCUGGGAUGAAGGGGUAGCGCAAUUGAGUGUGGGUCAAAGGGCGAAGUUGACGUGUUCCCCUGACUACGCUUAUGGGUCUCGUGGUCAUCCAGGCAUCAUCCCGCCAAAUUCAACUUUGAUUUUCGACGUAGAACUUCUCAAAGUCGAAUAAAUCUGCAAAUUAGUCAAAAGUCUCCUUUUCUUUCUGUUUUGCAGUAUUUAUCAUUCUUUAUUUUUUUUACUUAAUGAGUCAGAAAUAGAUUAACUUUUCACAGCUACAACAUAGAAGCUUUUUGCUGGUUACUUUGAAAUGUAUGUGUUGUGGUGUCCCAAUAAAAAAAGAGUUCAUGUCAGGAA